CCAGAUGAUGCCUUGGCCCAAAAUCUAGUCCUAUAUCCGUACUAUUUAUUUUCUUUUUCUCAAAAGCACACAUUAGUUUAGUUUAUUUUUAUUAUCAAAUCAAAAAGAGAAGACUUUCAGACCUGUCCAAACCUUCGUCUAGUUAUAAAAAUUAACUAAUUCCCUUCGUCCACUCCUCGAGAGACACGACACUCGGAGAAAACUAACCCUUCAUUGGGAAGGUUGNACAGUAGUUAACCCAGAUGAUGCCUUGGCCCAAAAUCUAGUCCUAUAUCCGUACUAUUUAUUUUCUUUUUCUCAAAAGCACACAUUAGUUUAGUUUAUUUUUAUUAUCAAAUCAAAAAGAGAAGACUUUCAGACCUGUCCAAACCUUCGUCUAGUUAUAAAAAUUAACUAAUUCCCUUCGUCCACUCCUCGAGAGACACGACACUCGGAGAAAACUAACCCUUCAUUGGGAAGGGCCAAUGUACGAUGACCAGCUAGAUCCACGUAUUGAAGAAAUUCUUUGGACUGAGGAAAGAAUACGUAAUCUUGACCUAGCAUUAGUGGUGGAGUAUUCAUCAUUUGAACCACCCUAUUGUCGUGAUUACUCUCUGACUUGUGAAGAGCAAAUCGAAGCAAACAGAGAUGCAAUCCAAGCGAGAGAACGAUUUCUUAAAACAGUCCAAGAAGAACGCCAACUGCUCCAAACCCAGAAGGAUAACGAACAACGCGAAUAUUGGGAGCAUAUGCAAAAGAUGCUGGAGGACUUUAAGAAGGCUAUGGAACAACAAGAAGAGAUGGAGGAAAUUGUUGUUCUAGAAGAGGAUGAAGAAUCUGAGACAGAAUCUGAAACUGAAUCCAACAAUGUCUUGGUUCCAUCACCACUGUAUAUUGAAAACAAGAUAACACUUGCACAAAUGAUUGCACGAGGUACAGUGAUGAUGCUCCCUGAAAGUCCAAAAAGUCAAAUCGUACAAGAGGUGAAGCAUACUGAGGGUCCUGUCUCGGAAUCGCCUUCACCCGCUGCACCAGAAACAUUGGAGGAACCUCUCCUCCUUACAUGUGUUGAAGACACUUCUCUAGAGGAACCUAUUCUAGAGAAAUCUGAGCCCACCACCAACCCCCUUGAUACAGAUGAGUCUGAACAAUCUAUAGAUGAGGAACUACCAUGUGAUGCUGAAUCCAUCCCGUCUAUAGAAGUUCUUAAUGCUGGAGUCUCACUUGAGGAUUCGGACGAAGCCUUCUUUGACUCCCUACUUGACGGGUACGACCAUUCUUACCCGAAGGAAAGUUAUAGUCAAAUGAGCUGGGACGAACUCUUGAUGAGCGACAUUGAAGACUCAGGGGGAGGACAUGCCGUAAUCAUCGAGCCAUCAACAAAGAGUCAGCCUUUUUGGGACUUGGAAAGUCAGAUCCUUGCACUAAAGGCCAAUGAUGUGGCUACACCGAGGAGACUCCCACCACCAUCCAUCCUAGACGAGUCUCCUCCAUUUUUCCUGUUGCCACCACGCCGCAGGAAUAAGUCAAAGAUCCUGGACUUUGACUGGAAAAAAAUAAAACAAGGGUGGCAUCAAAAGAGAGUUAAAAAGGUCAAACUUUAUGACUCUCGGAUCGGUGGAGUUUGGAAUUAGGAGUGCUGGUGAACCAUUUUUGACUCAACAAAAAAAAAGAGGAAUGACUAACUUUUGUGCACAAUUUUGUAAAAAACCUUUUUUUUUAAAAAAAAAUUGAGAUUAUCUCUGUCCCAAACUCUUGUUUUUAACGCUUAAUGACCUCGAGGGCGAGGUCAACCCUAAGUGUGGGGAGAUUGGAGUUUGGUACGGAAUGUUUUUAUUUGUGUAGGAAAACUUUUUGGAAAUAUUUUUAUACACUUUGUUGCAUUUUGCAUAUUAAUAUUGAUCUCUACACCGUGUACAGAAUGACUGUCUAAGCUGGAAUGGUACUUAAGUGGACACAAAGGGUGACGCCUUCGGGAGCCGAACUUGUCCCACCAUUCCCACUGGGUCAUUCUGUGGAAAGGUUUAUUCGGGUGAGCCUAAGAGCACCUAAUUGGCAGCAUUCUGCCUGAUCCCGAAUACUCUGAAUCGGUCUAGUUAUCACUAUUGAUACUUUUAAAAUUAUUUUACACUUUUUACUCUUUUCAUAGGUAGAAUUAUUUUUAAGAGCCCCCUUAUGCAAAUAUUAGCCAAAAUUUUUAAUUUUUUUUCUUUAAAUUGCACAUGUAGUCUUUUUAUUGGCUAACUUUAAUAAGUUUUGUAAAUAAAUAAAUUUGGAUACUAAUG